CUGUUUGGAAGGGUCUGCCGUAAUGCCUGAUCCGUCCAAAUCAGCUCCGGCACCGAAGAAGGGUUCUAAGAAGGCAGUCACGAAGGCGCAGAAAAAGGAUGGCAAAAAGCGUAAGCGCAGUCGGAAGGAAAGUUACUCCAUCUACGUGUACAAGGUGUUAAAGCAGGUGCACCCGGACACCGGUAUUUCUUCCAAGGCUAUGGGUAUCAUGAACUCGUUCGUCAACGACAUCUUCGAACGCAUUGCUAGCGAGGCCUCUCGUUUGGCACACUACAACAAGCGGUCUACCAUCACGUCCCGGGAGGUGCAGACGGCCGUGCGCCUGCUGCUGCCCGGUGAGCUAGCCAAACACGCCGUGUCCGAAGGUACCAAAGCCGUCACGAAGUAUACCAGCUCCAAGAUAUUUGACAACCGAAAGGAAAACGGAAGCGUGGUGGAACGCAGCGCUCCUUGCGCAGGAGCCGGAUGUAAAAAGCCGACCCCUGCUGCAGUUGUAAUACAGAAAUUAAACAGUGGGACUUCCCUGGUGGCACAGUGGUUGGGAAUCCGCCUGCCAGUGCCGGGGACAAGGGUUCGGACCCUGGUCCAGGAGGAUCCCACAUGCCGCGGAGCAACUCAGCCCGUGCACCACAACUACUGAGCCUGUACUCUAGAGCCCGUGAGCCACAACUACUGAAACCUACGUGACAGCUGCUGAAGCCCGCCCCUUGAGCCCGCGCUCCACAACUGGAGAGGACACCGCAGGGUGAGGCCCGUGCACCUCAGCGAGGAGUGGCACCCCACUCACCACAACAGGAGGGAGCCUGCAUGCAGCAGCGAAGACCCAAUGCAGCCAAAGAAUAAAUAAGUAAAUAGAUAAGUAAAAUAAAUCUAUUAAAAAAAAAUUAAACAGCGAUCUGUCAUCAACAAGUCCACACCUUUAAUUUUCUCAGUAGCUAUCUGAUUCAUAUUAAAAACUGCAAAAUUCAGUCCUCCACUUUGAAAUGGGGAUCUGCUGACUGGGUCCAAGCCCUCAGCCUCCUACCAAAGUAGAUUGGGAGUCAGUAUCUUAAUGAAAACUUCUAGUCACAUGAAAGUAGUCUUACAGAUUCACGUGAUUCUUUACCUUAAUGAGCUUAAACCAUAGGUCUAAUAAAUGAAAACUGUCUCCAGCAGAGAAUGUGAUAGUGCUAGCAGUAGGCAAAAGCACUGCUUAGUA